AUGGGUCGCCCGCGCAAGGAAGACAAGCAGCAGAAGGAGACUGCUGAGCUGAUGAUCAGUGUGGAGGACUUCGCCAGGACGCGCGAUUCGCGCAAUCAUGCUCCCUCCAUGUCCGCUGGCGCAUUCCUGCCACCGGCCCAGGCGCGUCAAGUGCGCGCCGGCCUGGGCGACAUGUCACGCCAGCUGCGCGAGCUCAUCAGCUCCAUUCCACUCGUUCUUGCGCAAUUGAGAUUGUAUCCUGACCCGCAAUUCUUCGUCCAGGUCGUCACCGGCUUGACCACCCUGCAGACUGCCGUCAGCGACCUCCUCCGUUCAUAUCUCAAGCACACCAACUCGGUGCUUGGCUCAACGCCCUACCGCCUUGACACCUUUGGCAUCUCGAAUCCUCUGAACAACAAUGAGAUCCUCGCCGGUGCUUUGCGUGACUCUCCUCCCGCCGCCGCCGGCCCCGCCGCCGCCGCCGCUCCUCAGCCCAUUGCGGCUCCCGCUGUCGCUCCCGCAGCGCCCGCAGAGGAGGAGCCGGUGAAGAAGGGCAGGAAGCCCAAGAAGGAGAAGAAGGAGAAGGACCCCAAUGAGCCUAAGCGCCCUUUGACCAUGUAUUUCCUGUACUCAGCCCAGGCGCGCCCCGUCGUGAAGGAGGACAUGGGUCCGACUGUCACUCCUGGCGCGGUCGAGGAGGAGAUCAAGAAGCGCUGGAGGGAGCUUGGUGACGAGGAGAAGAAGGCCUGGCAGGACAUCUACAACAAGAACCGCGAUGAGUACCUUGUGAAGAUCGCCGAGUACAAGGCUUCCAAGGGCGAGGCGGAAGCUGCCGCUGCUGCCGCGGACGCCGACGUCGAGAUGGCUGAAGGCGCAGCUACUGCUGCUGGUGCCACCGCCGAUGAGUCUUCCCCAUCCGAGGAGGAGAGCGAGAAGGAGGCCAGCCCUCUGAAGGCUCCCACCCCUCCGGCCGAGAACAAGACUCCCAAGCCCAAGCGCCGCAAGACGGGUAAGGAGAACGGCGUCGUCGCCGCCUCGUCCGCUGCCGCUCCCGCCCACACGGCGAGCCCCAUUCCUCUUCCCUCUCACCCCAAGGUCGCCACUGAGAGCACUCCGGCCAAGGCGACGAAUACGAGGAAGGCGAAGGCGGACGCCAAGAAGGAUGAACCGGCCAAGGAGGCUCCUAAGGAGUCCGUCGAGGAGCCCGCUAAGAGGAAGCGCGGCAGGAAGUCCAAGGGCGCUGAGGAGGCUGCUGCUGAGGCUGCCCCUGAGCCGGAGAAGAAGAACAAGCGCAAGCGCAAGAGCGAGGGUGUCACGGCUUGA